AUGGAAUGCAAAGCGCCUAUGAGGGCGUUGACGACGUUCAUCCAGGAAACUUCCCAGGCGUCUAAAAAUGUUAGGCAUGAUGAUGAUGGAGAUACGGGCGCGAAGAAGAAGAAGAAGAAGAAGAAGAAGAAGAAGAAGAAGAAGAAGAAGAAGAAGAAGAAGGAGAGAGGCUUCCAAAGUGCCUGA